AUUUUUCUCGAUGGUUACACAAAGCGAGAACUAAUGCUGUUGAAGCUACAUUGUUUAAAUAAUGAGUGUAGUUGGUUUGGGGCGGGAAAAGAUUUGCAGGUAACUAAUUCUGCGACUGUAAAGGCUGUAUACUUUGUGUAUUCGUUUUAUUCCAAUUUUCGCUCAGUCUUAUUUAAGAAUCAUACUUAAUUUCGCGCGACGUAAUUAGGGCACCUAUAACUAAAUGCGAUAUUUAUGAGCAGUUUUGAUUUCGCGCACCUUGGAACAAACGGUACAAAACUAGAAAACCACAUUAACUAAAAACUUAGGGGUUUUUUCUAUGUUGAAGUGACAUGAUUACUGCAACUAGUAUAUAACGGUCAUAUUUCUUUUUAGGCUCACAUCGACUCAUGUGAGUACACCGUGAUAAAAUGUGUUCAUACUCCAUGUAAAGCUAAAAUCAAACGUUCACUCUUGGGAGAACAUUUAAAGGAAGAAUGUCUAUAUCGAUCAGUGCAGUGUGAAAAUUGUCAAGAAACGCUGCCUUUUGCUUAUGUAGAGGUAUGUUCACACAAGUGAAGCUAUUUUGGAGAUUAGAGAUAUGAAACACUACAGUUCCUUCAACCUUUUUUAACACCCUCUAAUCUCUAUAUUAUCAUUUAACUUUUCUGCUUUAAUAUAACGCCAGACUAUUGUACUCUGAUAUUAUCAAAUAAGAUUCCAGGUAUGUUUGCACGCUGAUCCUUACAUAAGCCUGCUACUAUACCGUAUAGGUCGAGAGGAGGGCUUGUAACUUGAUGGAUAUCUAUAUUCUGACUUGAUUUCUUUGAAAACACAUAAGAAGAGUUUGGUUGGUUCUCUUUCUGUCGGAGCUACUCCUUGACAAGCAUGGGCGUCAAUCCUGGGGGGAUGGGGGGGGGACGCGUCCCCCCAGUUUUUGGAGUGGGGGACGAAUAUCUAAUUAUCCCCCCCCCCCCAACUUUUUAACAUGUUUAAUGAAAUUUUGUUUCUUGGUAAUCUAAAAACUUAAUGCCUGCUAUGCUAUUCAUCCAGAAUUGUGGUUGAAACAAAAACAUUUAAUAAGAUGACGGACAACGUAUGACCUUUCUGUUGCCGCUGGGAGCAAAUACUGACAUCGCAUAUGUUAUGCGAAUACUAAAAAUUAUUCAAAUUGAAUUCAAAUUUGUACGUGUGCAUGUAAUUUAUAAACAUUUACAAUUGGUCGUAUUCACUUCCUGUUCUGACUGGCAAGCUGCAGUAAAUGAGACAAUAAUUCGUUUUGCUUGUUUUUGUUUUUAUUAUUACGCCAGUAAAAAGUAUUUAGAAGUUAUUUACAUUCUGAUUUUCUAUUCUGGAUAGGCUUGGGGCCUUCUAGAAACCUAAUAGGCUUUUUAAUUAAGACCCCUAUACUUACAUUAUUUCAUUCUUAUAUUUAGUCAGUUCGAAUUAUUAUAUUGAACAAGGAUAAAACUGUAUAACAAAUAUAAAAUAAAACAUUAACAUGCAUAUAAACUUACGAAGUGGAAGAUACUAUAUAUAUAUAUAUAUAUAUAUAUAUAUAUAUAUAUAUAUAUAUAUAUAUAUAUAUAUAUAUAUAUAUAUAUAUAUAUAUAUAUAUAUAUAUAUAUAUAUAUAUUUACAGUAAAGAAGGUGAUAAUAUAUUUUAAUAUACAUCAAUUAUUGAGCUAAUCGCCAUAAUCUUAAUUUACUAAUUUAACGACUAAAUUAAGAUUUAAGACUAAAUAAUUUUAUUUUACCACUUUCAAAAGUUCAAAUAUAGUAAAAUAUUAAGUCAAAAGAUUCAAUUUUUGUAGUUUCUCGCCUGACUCCAAUUAUAAAAGUUUUAGACAUAGCAUUGCAAUCUAACUAAAUGAAUAACUAACAACUAAUAUAAUUAACAACUUUGACGUGCGUUAUCCCACUUGCACAACCUUGUAUUUUAGCGGAUUUCUCGGUGGCCGGGCAUUUUGCCGAAACACACUUUGCCGAAAGACAUUUUGCCGAACGGACAUUUUGCCGAUGGACGUUUUGCCGAACGGACGUUUUGCCGAACAGACAUUUUGCCGAAUGGACAUUUUGCCGAACGGACAGUUUAACGAACGGGCAUUUUGCCGAAAAUACGGUCAAAGUUUUUGUGAUUAAAGUCAUUAAUUGUCGAUUUUUAUAUUCUUUCAAGUUUUUGACAAGUUUACCGAAAAUUCGCGAUAUAAAGAAUAACAUCAUUCAACAUCCUUCAUGAAUGUGAUUUCCCCGAGAACUGUGAAUAUAUUCCAUGAUUCUCGAAGUGAAAUUCGCUUACGCCGUCUAAAAAUACGCUUGUUUGUUUACGAUCUGACGUCAAAACUGAGGUUCCUAACAAAUGAGUCAUCCGCUGCACAAACAAGCUACCAAUAUACGCGUAAAAAUUGAGAAAAUCAACAACUUGUUGCAAGUUGAUAUCGACAGGCGCGAACAAGGUUGUGCGCCCCACUAUGAACAGUAUUGUCAACUUGUUGUUACAACAUUGUUCAACUGUAUCAACUUGGAACAACAUGGUUGACAACUUGUUCAUAGUGGGCCGCACAACAUUGUUCACGCCUGUCGAUAUCAACUUGGAGCAAACUGUGCGUUUUUAGCCGUGUAGUCAAUAUGGUUAUCCACUACUAACUAACAACCAUUAUGCACUGCUAAUGACCAUUAUGCUCUGCUAAUGACCAUAUAAUGGUUAAUUAUUUUACACAAAGGUUGAGAAUUACACAGUUGAGAAAAUUAAUGAGUCACAGUCCCAAACAUUUUGACGAAAUAACAUCUUUAUUUUCGGCAAGUUGUCCUUUCGGCAAACUGUCCGUUCGGCAAAAUGUCCGUUCGGCAAGAUGUCCGUUCGGCAAAACGUCCGUUCGGCAAAAUGACCGUCGGCAAAGUGUCUUUCGGCAAAGUGUCUUUCGGCACUUUCGGUAGCCUGCAUGGCAGGCGGUACGUAGGAAAUACCGCCUGCCGCAAAACUGGGUGUAAAUGAACUACCGCCCCUGAAGCAUCAACGCUAUUUAUAGAUGCAUUAAUUAAGUAAAUAUUCAAAAUUAGCCACUCCCAAGCUGCUCCCAAGUCAACUGCCCAACAUAAAAUAAAUUCCUUGAUUCUCAUCACCGCCCGACUGAAUUUUAAAAUCCUCGUGAAAACGUUUUAUUUUUCGUUAUACAAUAUAAAUGUACCGCCCAACAAAAUAAUUCAAGACAGUUAAUUUUUUCAUAUUUUAUAUAGAGUUUUUAUUGCCAUUUUAUACUUCCAAUUUGAAACAAACAGAAUUUUGAGUGAAAUUUCAUUGUAUUUUAAAGAAACUCAGUCAUUCUGUCAUUGUUCGUGGAGAUACGAACUAUUGAUAUAUAAAUUAUAUAAAUAUAAAAUAUAAAAAAUAAAUCUCCCACUGUCUUCGACAUUUCAAAGUGUAGACUGUGUCUAGUGAUGAGAAUCAAGGAAUUUAUUUUAUGUGUUAAUAUAAACCAAGCCCGUUUAGCCGUUUAGCUGCCUUAAAACGGUGGUUUAAUAAGCUCAAAAUACAAAGCAUGCAAGUCUAUACUAUAGAUUCAUCAUCAGUCAACAACCAACUGAAAGUAUUGAACCUUAUAGAACGAUAGCUUUAUUUGUUUACAACUAUACAUAUUCAACGGGUAUAUAAGAGUUUAACUGUUAUUUGAUAAUUACUGCAUCAACCGGCCCCUUGUUUAUACUUUGGAGGUUCGUAUAUAAUAUCUAUCAAGUAUCUUUGGUUCAGAACAUGACUGAUAGGCAUAUAUGGAAAUCCCACUGUUCGAUUCAGUGAAGAAAUAUCUCCUAAUUUCUAUCGAUAGUUUUAGUAAAAUGUCAACAUUAUUGCGAUUUAUGGCGAGAUAGUAUAUUAUCAAAUUAAUACGCAUGUAAUUGUCUGAACGAAAAUAUAGACUAGCCCAUACCUUUCGCCGAUCAUAACUUCGGCCCCUUCGGACGUAUCUUCUUUGUUAAAUAUUCUUGUUCGAAUCUCUAUCAAUAACACUAUUUAGAGUGUUAUUUUUCAGCUUGUAUCUUUUAAUUUGCUUCUGAUUAACAUUUCACCGAAUUUAGCCGUUGAUUGACAACUACAUAAAAAUACUAACCAAUCCGUUUUUCCCGUUCACCAGCGGACGGGUAAUUCAAAAACCCCUAGUUUUGCGGCAGACGGUAUUUCCUUUGCUUCCCUAAUUUUCGCUGCCCGUAGAAAUACCGCCUGCCAUGCAGGCUACACUUUCGGCAAAGUGUUUUUUGGCAAAGUGUCUUUCGGCAAAACGUCCGGGUAACGAUUUCUCACACGGUUAAAAAUGGAUUUAAGAUCAGCACAUUGUACUAUAACUUUACAAGUGCCUCCAAAACGCUGGAAAUGCCAUUUCAGUGUACCAAAAUUAAAAAAAAAUUCGGGUGGCAUACAGUAUAUGCCACCGGAUCUUCCUAAUUUGGAGUACUAGUCCGUCCCCCUCACUUUUAGGGAUGGAUUGACAUGCGUCGUAUGCAGAGGCGACGCAGUAAGCCUUAAACUUGGUCACAUCUGAGCUGCGCCCCUUGCAAUCAGCUCUCAACUGCAACACCUCCCCUCUACCUCGGACCAUGGUGGACCAUGGAACCAUUGGUUCCUGGAAAAUUUUGAAGUUUGCCGAACGAAAAUUGGAAAAUCUGAAUAUUAUUGUAUUAUUAUUUUUUUAUUUUAUACAAUUGUCUAUGUUCAUUUUUCCAUAUAGAAACAUAUAAAAGAAAGUUGUCAGGCAGCUCCUCUCACAUGUGAAUAUUGUCAGUUAACGAAUAUACCUCGAAAGGAAAUGAGAAAGCAUCAGACUGAGGAAUGUGAAGAAAUCGACGUGGAAUGUGAUUUUAAAUCAAUAGGCUGCGACUAUAUUAAGGUUAGUGUGUUAGUACACUGUACAAAACAAUGGACACUCUGAAAACGGUUAACAUUUUAAUUCUUUUAAUGGUAGCACUAGUAAUAGUGGAGGUCAAAUUGAAACCUCAUCAUAAUAUAUUAUAUUGGCACAUAAUAAAUAGCCCUCCAAAACAGAACGAAAUAAAUGUAAUGUUAUUAAAAUGUUAAGUGUCCAUUGUUUUGUAUUUUGUAAAAUUACUCAGUGGUAACCGUAACUUUUAGUACACUGUAUUGAUUGAUUUCAGUAAGGCUGACAGGACAGUCAACUUCAAAAAGGUGUGGGCACUUAAAAUUAAUUCAACUACAUGUCUGACAAAACUAUUACAAGGCCAGAGGUGGUCGUAUCGGUCCACGGUGCUAUUGGUUCCAGAAAUUCUUUUGAGUUCCCAGAAAAUAUUUCGCCAAGAAGAAAAAGAUUUUAUAAUAAUUCAGAUAAAAAGAGAUAUUCAGAGGAGAAUUCUCACCAUGCAUGAUCUCAGAAAUGCAAUUAUAAGUGCAACAAUCUUAAUAGUGCGAUGGUGUAUAAAUGUAUUAGACUAUAGAAUGAUGCAACAAAUGUUGUAUGUUCUCUUGCGGUCCCAGAAAGUAAAAUAUUUUUCCACCCCUGUACAAGACAGUCCUCUAUUACAAGACUCUACUACAUAACAAUUAAAAGAAUGACUAUUAGUUUGUCACUCUGAUAAUAACUACAGGUUGACCAUAAUAACUACAGUGAAGCCUAUCUAUCGUCCAACAAACGGUGGUCAAUUCUGUAGUUAUUAUACAGUGAUAAAAUGUUUAUUCAUUUUCAUAUAUGCAGAGAUAGAUUUAUUGGAAGGGGUGGCUGGGUCCAUGCAUGUUUGCAUAUAUUAUGUUUAUUAGUUCUCGCAUUCAGAGAUGUCGUUCAAUGUUCUUGCUUUUAAAGCAAAUUUAAAAUUUUGUCUAAUAACUGCAGUAUGUUUUGUAUUUAUAAUACAACUUCAAUCCGUUAACAAUUUCAGUAAUAUUAUUUAGGCGAGUAAAAGGAAAGAGCUUCACAAGCAUUACAAGGAUGCGUCUCGUUUUCACAUUCAGCUAUUACUGAGGUUUAUUUUCGCACUGCAAGGCGAGAUACAAAAUCUUGCUCCGAAGUUCGAGUGUUUUGCCACGAAACAGUUGGUUUUGGACGAAGUCAACAAAAUAAAAGAUGCAAUAUCGGCCGAAAUUAAAACCAUGGAAAGUAAAUUCUCUAAAAUGAUGGCAACUGUAAAUAGUUUAAUAAGAAGAUUGGAAAACGUGGAUUUAAAUGGAGCAAGUACUUCUAAUGGUUCAGGGAGAAACGCUGAAAUCAGACGAGUUGAGGUGAGAAUGGGGAAGGAAAUAGAAAAGUUACAAGCAAAAAAUAACAGACUUGAAACACAACUGAGGGAAGCAAUGGAGGCGAUAGAAAGAUACCAAAAUAAGGUGGAACAGAUUGAUCAAUCCGUUGCUGUUAUAACAGCCAGGUUUGCAGACCUCGAACAAAGAGAACCAUCUCAAACUAAAGUGAACUGCAAUGGUGUCUUACUUUGGAAGAUUGAAGGCUACCAGAGGAAGCGACAAGAUGCUAUUAAUGGAGUGAAGACUACAAUAUUUAGUCCAUAUUUUUACACCAGUGAGUUUGGAUAUAAGAUGUGUGCUAAACUAUAUAUGAAUGGAGAUGGAUUUGGAAAAGGGUCGCAUUUAUCUUUGUUUUUCGUUGUGAUGAAAGGCGACUACGACGCUCUUCUAACCUGGCCGUUGCAAAAGAAGAUCACGAUGAUGCUGUUGGAUCAAGGCAAUGGAGAUCAUAUGAUUGAUGCGUUUAAUUCAGAUCCUCAGAGUUCUUCGUUUCAACGCCCAAGGUCUGAUAUGAAUAUCGCUUCAGGUUCCCCUCUCUUUAUGCCUCUUGCUAGCUUGAAUAACCGUCAGUACAUCAAGGAUGAUAUCCUCUUUAUUAAGAUUAUC